AGUUCCAGGAAUGUCCUUCAAGGAUGUGCGAGAUCUCGGUGAGCAGCUCAAAUUGCUGGGCUUUCCACGGGUUUUCCCCCUCCAAGCUCUGGCCAAUCCGCACGGUAGUUUGGCCAGUUUCCACAUCGUGGCCGAGCUGCUCCAAUGGCUCUCGGGUCUCAUGGAGCCCGGUUCGACACUGCCCGGUGGCGUGGACACCGAGGAGCAACGCAUCCUCCUCGUCCGUUCGGCCACCGAGUUUUUUGUGACCAAAGCGGCCAUUCGUUUGAAUCCUCGAAAGCUUUAUGCUGCCGCUGCUGUGACGGCAGCGGAAUUGCAAAAGAUAACCCGCCUGCUGACGGCACCAGGGACUGGUCAAGUGGAGGACUCAGGAGGACAUCCUGCGGAUCAGGAGGAGCAAGAGCAACAGCAGCGAGAUCAAUAUCGUAGCCUCAAUCCCGUCGAUAUUGGUGACAAAAUGGAGGAACUGCGUCGUGCCCGUGAAUUGGCCACAGAUCUCACACAACGCGGUGCCACACUCCAUGAUCUGCUCACCAAGGAGCUGCAGCACAAGGAGCAACGUUUGGCCCAGGCCCAGCGACCGCUGGAGUUGCUCAGCGUGGAACGAACCCUCAAGAAUGCCAUUCAGGCCAGUCAGGUGCGACUCCAAUCAAGUCGAGCUCAGCUGGAGGCAGCCAAGGUGGAACUGAAUGCUUUGGGUUCCAAGCUACAACGGAGGAGAGCCGAGUUGGAACGUACACGUCAACGAUUGGAGGCACUGCAUCGCAUUCGUCCGGCUCAUAUGGCCGAGUUUGAGGAUUGUGAGAAGGAAUUGCAGCAAUUAUUUCAGCGAUAUUUCCUUCGCCUUCAUGUCCGCGAUGCAUUGAGAUCUCAAUUGGAAAUGAGAACUAAACGUGCCACGCCCAUUGCAUCACCGGUGUUGCAAAAGCCAGCGGAGAGUUCAAUGCCAUUUAUACCCGAAGGACUCAUCGAGGACGAUGACGAUGAGGAUGGCAAUGGGGAUGAUGAUGGUGAUGAUGAUGAUGAUCUGGAUGAUGAGGAUGAGGUCGGUGGUGGUGGUGGUGGUGGCAUCGGCGACAAUGGACGGGAUGAUGGCUCCGGUUCGGGUCGCCUUGAUAUGGUUGUCAAUGGACGCAGUGUCUUUGGUUUGGAUUCGGAAAUACCCGAUAUAAGAGAUGAGGAUAAGUUGCUGUUGCUUCAACAGAAUGGUAUGAGUGGACAGGGAAAGCGUCCUGGAACGGCCACCUCAAGGAUAAGACCCACAACGGGUAGGAGUAGAAAGGGUGCAACAGGAGGCAGAGCAGCUGCUGGAGCUGAAGGUCGAGAAGAUGCUCGGGCAGCCAGGGCCUCCCGAAGAGGAGCCGGAGCAGGAGCAGAGGCUGGAGGUAAUGGCCGUAAUGGACGCAAUGGUCCUGGCAGCAGCAUGCUCAACUCCCGGGACGAUGACAGCAGCUUUGGCAGCUCUGACAGUGAACUGGAUGUGGGCGAAAUCAUGGGCAUGAGUGGCAUGAGCGGCAUCAGUGGCAUUAGUGGCAUCAGUGGCAUGAGCAACAUGGUUCUGGCAGCCGGCGAUGAUGAUUUUGAUCUCAAUUCGAUUGAUGACAUUAGCAUUUCAAAAUUAACCGGCGAACUGCCUUUGCGUCCAAAAACGGCCAAUAAGGCGGAGCAUCACAGUGAUGAAGAUUUCUAAGAGGGGGAAUUCCCCAAAAAGGAUUUCUCAAAACCUAACUAAUCAUUUUCUAUGGAUUUUAUAGAUUACACUACCUUUGAGAGCAGUUGAGGUU